UGAUUAGGGUGACGUUGAUCCUUAUGCCCUACUUCCAGUCGAAGGAAACACGGGAAUUGUUUCUUGGUUGUUAUGUGGACUCGGACGCAAGCCAAACGCCAGAUGUUCAACCAAUGUUGGUUUUGCAUAAAAUUAAUUAAAAAUAUUAAAGCACAUAGAUACGAUGAUCAAGAACAUACGAAACGUCGAUAGAGUAAAAUCCUCACCGAUUUAUGGCCCUUCACCCCAAGUCAUCCAGCCAUCGGCAAGUCAAUAUGAGAAGCCCACGCAUUUGUCCUCUCCGCUUUUACGAACUCCAUACCAUUUCUUCGUUAUUUCCUCUCCGCUGCAUUUCCCCUCCAUUCUCUCCCAGAUUCGGAUGCCUCUGCCGGUGAUUCUUCAUAGAAAAUUUUCACGAUCGGCGGUGCAAAUUUGCGAGAGAAUAUUCAACCUAGCAGAGCAGGCUGGUUUCUUCUGAACUCUUAGCAAAAAGAAAAACUCCGUCGGCUCUUCUUUAAUUGUUUUGGAUCUGUUGCCGACAUAUUACUCGCAACUUGUUUGGUUUCUGGAAGAAUUCGCCAAAAAGCACUUGCAAUUUUGGCGCUCGAAAAGCCAGAUUGAUGAAUAUCAGAUACUUCGCAAAGAAAGGUGGAUAGCGAAAGAGUGUUUGUAUAUAGCCUUGACUUAUAGGAGUUUCUUCUGUGUGCUGCUGAAUUUUCUGGUAAUCUUCCAUCCUUCAAAUGGAUCCGACUCAUAGCAAAAUUUACUACUGUUCUGUUUCAAGGGGCGAGCGUAUGCUCCAUGUGUACAGUAGUGGUGACCAGGAGAUCGAGAAUUUGGCUACUUUGUGCUUGAAAAGUGCUCCUCCCUAUCACAAAUGGUAUUUCGAGACAUUGGGUAAAAAGACUUUUGGGUUCUUGAUGAAAGAAGGGUAUAUUUACUUUGCAAUUGCUGGUGAAGUCGUUGGUAAUCGGGCUCUUCUCCAGUUUCUGGAGCAGUUGAGAGAUGAAUUCAAAAAGGCAGCAAAGAAGGGUUCACGGGGGAGUUUCUCAAGUGUGAACUCCAUUAGUCUGCAGGAACAGCUAGUGCCUGCAAUUCGUAAUUUAAUCACCUCACUGGAGAAUGUCACCCAGAGUAGUAAGGAUUGGAUUGCUGAAACACCAUCCUCAAACAAUGCUCUAUCUCCAUCCCCGAGUAACAUGAACGGCCAGGUCGAUGUUUCGGCUUCCACGAAAGCCCCUCUGUUGGGGAAGCCGAGCAAACCAGAGAAGAAAAAGGGGAAGGACCAUGUGAUUACAAUGAGAGGUAUUGAGAUGGAGGAGCACAGAAAGUCUACAGAUAGAGGUUCGAAGACUGAUUCAGCUUCUUUGGAAUCCAGUAAUCUGGGUGGAUCCGGGUCUUCAAUUCCGGUGCAGAAAGACUUGAAUCCGUUGAGGAGAUCGAACUCCCAAAGCAUCCGGAUAAGGUGGUGGCGUCAUGUGAGGAUCGCCCUUGCUGUCGAUGCUGCUGUAUGUCUGAUAUUGUUUGUCAUUUGGUUGAUUGUCUGUAAUGGAAUUUCUUGUGUCCGCUGAGAAUGUACAUGGAGAUUGAAAGAUGGCAAUGGGGGAGGAUUAGCAAGGGAGAUAUUGAUAUACUAAACCGUUAUACAAUACAAUGUCGUAAACGAGGCUUUCAAAUGUUCCUGAAGGCCUCGUCUCUCAAUUCAAACUUCUGGCAAAUCUACAGCAGAUGCAGAAUCCAAAGUUGUAUCAUUGUAUGUAUAUAUCUUAUAUGCCGACGAAUUAUUCAUAGAUUUGUGAGUUCUUAUAAUGCUUAUUGUUAUUGUACCAAUAGGUUCUCGGUUUUGAGGAUUUCUGCAGCAUACUGUUACUUCUGUGAUCUUGUUGAUUUCUGCAACAUAGGUUUCACUCAAUUUCUUCCAUGGA